CUCUCUGACUUCUCCGCUCUCAUUCUCUAGAAGAUGGCGGACUGCGCUUCACUGUUAGAUGAGGAGCUCUCUUCCUUUGUCUUCAAUUACCUGACAGAAAACUCCGGGAGCCAGCUGAAAAAGCUCCUGCUGUCCCCCCCCAACGUGCCCACGGGCCUGGAAUCACACAAAGAGGGCAGCAGCAACAGCGGGCAUCGCCAUUGCAGCAGGAGCCUGCAUCUAAAACCUGUCAGGCCUUUGGUUAAGCGUGAAAGCACACAGGAGCGUAAGCCCCGAGCGGUGCGACCAGCAGGACGUCUGUGCACAGAGCUCCACCGGCACCUGACCUCUGCACAGGAGGCGGAAGACACUCCUUCAGCCGACACAGAGGAUGAGGAGGACGAGGAGGAAGAUGAUGACGAUGAGGACAGUGAGUCCGAGGAGGAAGAAGAGGAGGAGUCCUCGAGCAGUGAGAGUGAACGCUCCACUCCCCUUGAGCCCACCAAGCCCCAGUUCUCCUCGGAGAAAGAACUCAAAUCUGUUGUGGAGCUCAUCAAGUAUAUGCACACAUACUGCCUGCCCAUGCGCAAGCAGGCCGGCUGGGAGCGCAAGGAGCGCGAGUGCCCAGGCCAGGCACGCAGGGCCAGGCCCGAGUGCCCCACGACCCUGAUCCACCCGAACUGUCACAAGGCUGCCCCCCAGGCCCAGAGCAGCGCACCUCGGCCGCGCCUCGCCUUUACCCGCAGACGGGAGGUGAAAGCCAACUCUCUCCUGCGCGAACUGCUCAAAACGGUCAACUCCUUUGACGUGAGCAAGCCUUACAGACUCCACAGCCCCCCCUACACCCAUAACAGAGAUGCUAUCACCAAGUCAGCGCAUGACAGAAAGACUGAGACCCCUAGCCCGACUGCCAGCUCAAUCAAACCAGAGCUUAUGAAAGAGCGCGGCCUAGAGGCCCCUCUGAGCCCUGACCUGGAGGACGCCUCCUUCUCAGUCCGUCGCUCCCGCAGGCUCGCCUCUUUCCCCAGCCGCUUCGCCAAGAAGGUGCGUGCAGGCCGGGUGAGGGAGGAGCCUGCGUCCGGGGAGCGGCGCCCUAACGAGGAGGACAAGGCGGUCAAACACCCCCUGGGAGACGACCCGGAGAAAGACUCCGCCGCCAAUAACAACAGUACUUCCCAAACCACGGCAGACGCAGCCGAACCCGAUAACCUCUCCUGUCAAAACGAGAAACGCGCCUGCCUCUGUCUGCCGCUGACUCCCAAAUCUACCGGAGAUACACAGUAUGCCAACAGGCCCUUUGAGCAGACUCUCAGCGUGGACCUGUGUGGCACAGCAGGCCUCACCCCUCCCACCACCCCCCCUCACAAGCAAGUGGAGGACGAGCUGUUCAAGCCAGAGGGGAAAGGAGAAUCCACACCGAAGGGCUCGUGGCUGACCCGGGCCCACUCCCGCAAGCUCCCCGAGCAGACUGAACUCUACGCCCAGCUCCGCAAGAUGGGCCAGGCCAUCGAUGCAGAACCCAAAGUCCACAGGACGUUCGGAGACCACGACUACUGCCUGCUGAGUCUGGGGGAGAGCCGGAAGAGAACCGCCGCCAUGCUGGCCCACUCGCUGUUCGGACGCUCCUCUCCGGAGGGGCCAGAGCCUAAGGGGGACARGGCUGAGCGCAGGGUCCAAGGGGACAAGAGGCUGGAACAGCAGCGUGAAGACAGGCUCUUUUCCAAGGUGCCAGAGUACCUGAGUAACGGUAACAGGGCUGACAGAAAGGGGGACGCUUUAUCCCCCCACAACUCAGAUGAAGCGGGGGAACGCUCCUCCCGUUCACCCUCCCCCAUUCUCCACUCCAGCUGCUGCCAGCCCCACUCGCCUAGCAGCAAGCCCGACUUCAGCUGUGAGAACUCUGAGACGUGCCACGGAGACAAGCAGAGAAACAAAAUCUCCAAGUCUGUGUUUCAAAUUGACGAGGACAACUGCCAAGUGUUCUACAUACACAACCUGCCAAGCAGCGUCACACAAACGAUGCUGCGCAAACGCUUCGAGGCCUUUGGAGACCCGGAGGACUGCAAAGUCAUCACCAAACACGAGGAACGCUGUGGAGUCAUCAAGUUCCGUCCGGCACCCAGCGGGCAGCAGAUCCAGAGGCACAGACGAGAGCCGCUUUUCCAGAACGGAGCGGGUGGCAUGCACAGGCUCAGCAGGAAGAGAUACAUAGAUCUGGACGAAGCUGGACCAGGGCCGGUGAAGAGCAAGUAUGACGCCCUGGACUUUGACACCCUGCUGAAGGAGGCCCAGAAGAGCCUGCAUCGCUGACUGUGACUCGGCUGGACUCGCCUUAGAACCCUCAUACCACCCCCAGACUCGGCUCAGUACCUCAACCAAGGCACCUCGUCAUGUUUACAUUUUUAACAUUGGAUUAAGAAACGGACCUAGUCUCUUUCAGCUGAGGAUACUACAGAGGAAGCUAGCAGGGGUUGGAGGGAUGGAGAAAAAAAAAGCAACGAAAC